AUUGCGUUAACGUUUACUUACCGGUAGAAAUGGUGAUCUCUAACGUGACGAAGGGUAAGCGCGGGAUGCAACGGAAUCGAAGGUCAUCCGUAAGAAACCCGAGGUAUAAAUUAAAGGGGAGAGCCUCGCCUAGCCCAAUGCUUUUUGCAACACUGUCCCAUUUUUGGUUUGGAGGGAGUUGUGGACUUGAUCAUGAAAUUGUAUCAUCAACGUACUCGCAAAAGAAAAUGAUCUUUACAAUGGAACAAUCUAUAGGCGCUUUGAUUUCUUCUUCUUCUUCUUCUUCUUCUUCUUUCUCUCUCUAGAUUUCGAACAACCAACAUAUAAUCAGCGGCAUUUUCAUUGGGUUUAUGCACGGUGACCUGCCGUCACAACUUCAGCCAACUCCGCCUCUCCAGUCCUUCAACUCCUUCUGAGAUGACUUCCUGCAAUACAUCAUCUAACCCACAGUAGAACCCUUUCCCCAGCAGAUUAGGAAGCCACAAAAAGAAUACAAGAGCAACGAAAUUCAAGUUGAAUGGAGCCGGCAGGUUUAUUCGAAUCCUCCAUGAGAUUUUUCUCUGAUCAAGAACUCUGCUAUGCUGAUAUCCUCACUCCUCAAGAGGUCGUGGCUAGAAUUCAAAUAGCCGUCCUCAAUUUUCUCAGAAUUCUCAACUCCUCCUCUCCAGCCAUCUCAAAUCUUCCUUUGAUUGAUCGAAGAUCGAGCAAUAGCCGAGUGAGUCAAGGAAUUUUGACAGAUGAUUCGUGGAUAUUCCUUUCGCAUUCCUUUUGUACAAGGUCUUUGAUGAGACCCAAUGCUUCUAAGGCUUUUGUCAGAGUUUGGAAGCUGAUGGAGAUGUGCUCUCAGAUUUUGAUUCAGGAUAAGCGAGUGACACAGAGGGAGCUUUUCUACAAGCUGCUCUGUGAUUCACCGGCUUAUUUUUCAACUCAGUUGCAUGUCAAUAGGACAAUUCAAGAUGUUGUAGCCUUACUUCAAUGUAGCCGUUACAGCCUUGGAAUUAUGGCAUCUAGUAGGGGACUUGUCGCGGGCCGUCUACUGUUGCAGGAGCCUGAGCAAGAAGUUGUGGACUGCACUGCCUGUGGGUCUUCUGGAUAUCCCAUUUCAGGUGACUUGGACUUGCUGAAGAUGUUGACUCUGAAGACCGACGCUCGUUACAUAAUUGUAAUUGAAAAGCAUGCGAUAUUCCAACGAUUGGCAGAUGAUCGCGUUUUCAAUCACAUUCCUAGUAUUCUUAUCACAGCUAAAGGAUAUCCAGAUUUAGCCACAAGGUACUUUCUUCACAAAAUAGGCAAAACCUUUCCGCAUCUGCCAAUGUUCGGCCUUGUUGAUUGGAACCCUGCGGGAUUGGCCAUUUUAUGCACCUUCAAAUACGGAAGUAUAGGGAUGGGCUUGGAGGCAUACAGAUAUGCUUGCAAUGUUAAAUGGUUGGGAGUACGAGGAGAUGAUUUACAACUGAUACCACAAGAAUCUCUGGUUCCACUCAAGCCCCGGGACCUACAAAUUGCCAAAAGCUUGAUGUCCUCAAAAAUAUUACAGGAGAACUAUCGACAAGAGCUGACUUUAAUGGUUGAGAGGGGGCAAAAGGCUGAACUUGAAGCUUUGUACCACAAUGGAUUCGAUUAUUUGGAGAAGUACAUAGUCAAAAAGAUUAUUCAAUUUAGUUACAUCUGACAUUAUUUUCAACCUAGAGAAGUAAAGACAUCUGCAUAGUGUGAAUAAAGGGCUACUUGCUAAAAAAACCUUACCUUCUUUUUCAAGUAAGCAAGUCCAUCUUUCUUAGAAGAGUACUUCACAAAAACUGUAAGUGGCUCGUUCAUCAAUCAAAGUUUUCAGCUGCUUCAACUUUAAAGAUUCCCCAGGCUCCUUUCCCCACGUUGCCAUUCUACGACGUCAUCUGAGUCUCCAUGACAUCAAAGGAAGUCUUUUUCCCUUGAAAGCUACUCUUAAUACCCAACCCUUGCUUUCUCAGUUGUAGAUUUAUCCUAUAAAGUUCCAAAGUAGAAAAACUAUUAGGUGCCAUCGUCUGUGAAAGAAAUGUAUGACCCAUGAACAGAAGAUUAUCGAACCAUUGAACUUCAAUAUUAUUCACUAUAUCUCCCAAACAUUUUGUUGAACAGGUUUGAAUGUUGUAAAUAUAUUUAUAUUUUUCUUGCUUUUAA